CAUUUAUUCGGUGACAGAUUGUCUCGUAAAAUUAAAUUUGUGGGAAACAUUAAAAUCAAAUUUAAUUUCAAUUAUGAACGAUAGAUCGCGCUUGAAUCUAAGCGCACUAAACUGUAAUAUUUCAUAACCGCGAAAGUUCUAAAGUUCGUUAUUGUUGAUUUUUUACUGGAAAGAAAAACAAUAACAUAGUUAAUAAAUAAAAUGUAAAUAGCAACAUUUAUUCUUUUUUUACAAAGAGAUGAUGAAUUUUGAGCUGGACUUACAUGACUUUUGGUUACUAAUACAAGAUGAUUCGAUCCUUGGCUCCUAGUCAGAAAGGCAAACGUCCACUUCUUAGUGAUAUAUCCAACGAUGUAACUUUGUCUCCAACUGUGCCACAAGUACACCAUGUGAAAAAAAAGAUUUGCCGUAACAUCAAAGAUGUACAAAUACCAGAAUACAAAGCAGUUACUCUAUCAGCCGAUAACAUUCAAGCUACACAAGAAGUAAUUUCUGAACAUGAAGAAAGAGUGAAGAAGCUUCUUAGUAAACCAUUUAAAAUACCUAUUCCUGGUUAUCAACUAUCAGGACGUACUUUAGGAACACGUUUAUCUGGUCCACGUAGACCUUUACAUGAUCCUAAUGAAGCCAAUGCACUUAUUGUGUAUUCACCACCUGAAUUAUCUGAACAUGAAAGGCUGAAAAUAGAUCAAUCAAAGCAGCUUGUGCAUGUAGUAGUAGAUCCUUUAUUAUGUAAUAUUUUAAGACCUCAUCAACGGGAAGGUGUGAAGUUUAUGUAUGAAUGUGUAACAGGACAACGUAUAGAAGGUGCUUAUGGAUGUAUUAUGGCAGAUGAAAUGGGUCUUGGAAAGACUUUACAAUGUAUAACUCUCAUGUGGACUUUAUUAAAACAAGGACCUGAGGCUAAACCACUUAUAGAGAAAGCUAUUAUUGUUGCUCCUAGUUCAUUAGUUAAAAAUUGGUACAAUGAAAUAUUCAAAUGGUUGAAAAACAGAGUUCAACCAUUAGCCAUUGAUGGUGGAAAUAAAGCAGACAUUGAUGCAAAACUUACAGGAUUUAUGAAAACUUAUGGCCGUAGAUGUGCAAAUCCUAUUUUAAUAAUCAGUUAUGAAACUUUUCGCUUACAUGCACAUGUUCUUCAUCAAGAUGAAGUAGGACUUGUAUUAUGUGAUGAAGGUCACCGCCUAAAAAAUUCUGAAAAUCAAACAUAUCAAGCACUUAUGAAUUUAAAAGCUAAAAGGAGGGUACUACUUAGUGGAACACCUAUCCAAAAUGAUCUCUUAGAAUAUUUUUCUCUUGUACAUUUUGUUAAUCAAGGAUUAUUAGGGACUGCACAAGAAUUUCGAAAAAAAUUUGAAAUACCAAUUUUACGAGGCCAAGAUGCAGCUGCAACGGAUACUGAACGCAAACUUGCCCAGGAACGAUUAUCAGAACUAGUGACCCUCGUUAAUAAAUGUCUUAUUAGACGUACUAGUGCUUUACUUUCUAAAUACUUACCUUUAAAACACGAACUAGUCGUUUGUAUAAAAAUGGGAAAAUUGCAAACUGAUCUAUAUAAAAAUUUUAUACAAAGCGAUAGCAUAAAGAAAUCAAUGGAAGAAAAUUCAGACGGUUCUAAAAAAGGAAAAAGUCUUUCCGCACUUUCGGCUAUUACGCUUUUAAAAAAACUAUGCAAUCAUCCAGAUCUAGUUUACGAAAAAAUAUUACAACAGUCUGAUGGAUUUGAAAAUGCAGCAAAAUUAAUGCCACCAAAUUAUAGUACCAAAGAAAUUUUGCCAGAAUUAUCUGGGAAAUUAAUGGUAUUAGAUUGUCUAUUGGCAUCGAUUAAAACAACGACAAAAGACAAAAUUGUAUUGGUGUCUAAUUACACUCAAACUCUAGAUCUGUUUGAAAAAUUAUGUCAUAAACGGAGUUAUAAUUACGUUAGACUUGAUGGUACUAUGACCAUUAAAAAAAGAUCAAAAGUAGUAGACAAAUUCAAUGACGAAAAUAGCAAUGAUUUUAUUUUCAUGCUUAGUUCUAAAGCUGGUGGUUGUGGAUUAAAUCUUAUUGGUGCAAAUCGUCUUGUCAUGUUUGAUCCUGAUUGGAAUCCUGCAAACGAUGAUCAAGCUAUGGCCAGAGUUUGGAGGGAUGGGCAAAAAAAACCAUGUUUCGUGUAUCGUUUUCUUUGCACUGGUACCAUUGAAGAAAAGAUUUUUCAAAGACAAGCACACAAGAAAGCAUUAAGUUCAACGGUCGUUGAUCAAGAAGAAGAUGUUGCAAGGCAUUUUACAUUAAACGAUUUAAGAGAUUUGUUUAAGUUGGAAGAAAAUACUAUAUCAGAUACUCAUGCUAAAUUUAAAUGUAAAAGGUGUGUUAAUGGUGUGGAAGUAAAAGGACCACCCGUGCAGUCAGACUGUAAUUCAGAUUUAUCAGAUUGGAGACACGCUCAUAAUCCGCGAAAUUUACCAGAUUUAUCAUUACGACAAUGUUGGUCUAGUGGAAUAUCCUUCGUUUUUCAUCAUCGAUCGCACGAACAAGUAAAAUAAGAUUUUGCGAGGUAUUCACCUGCAUUACAAUAAAGAAACAUUUUUUGUAUCGCUGCCAGCGUUACUUGGACUUUGUUAACGUAUAAUAUUUGUAUAAAGCAACAUAUCAAAAUAACUAUUUUUGUAAUA